UUGCGGCAGGGGUCCUUUGCGGCAGACAUCCGCGUAGCAAGCCAGUUGUCCUGAAGCCGCGGCCAGUGAAGAGACAAGGACAUUACGCCGUGACGCCAUGCCUUUCUUGGAUGUGCAGAAAAGGUUGGGCAUUAACAUAGAUCAGGGGUUGACAAUCCAAAGUGCUGAACAGCCCUACAAGAUUCCUGCUCGGUGCCAUGCUUUUGAAAAAGAAUGGAUAGAAUGUGCACAUGGAAUCGGUGGCAUCCGGGCAAAGAAAGAGUGCAAGAUAGAAUAUGAGGAUUUCAAAGAAUGUAUUCUUCGGCAGAAAACGAUGAGACGCAUCAAUACCAUCCAGAAGCAGCGGGAUAAGCUAAUAAAGGAAGGAAAGUAUACCCCUCCACCUCACCACUUGGGCAAGGAGGAUCCUAGGCCCUGAGUAGAGCAGCUGCUGAUAGCUGGAGGCUGAUUUUUAUGUUCUCUGUUCUCACUGGAACGAUUACUUACUGAAAACCUCUUUGUCAGAAGUGUGUAAAUAAAAGAUUGCUCCAUCCAAUUGGUUUUGUUUUCUCUUGGAUCAUACUUUUCUAUAAUGAGAUUGCAGCUUAUUUUUUAAGUUUGAAAAAAUGCCUCUACUUGUGUGUAAAAAAUUAGCAUCUAGAGAAUAACAUUUUAUGAAUGCUUACUAUAUAUGAGGUACUUUAAAUAUGUUAACUCAUUUAAGAAGUUGCAGUAUUCUUUAGUGCUUUAAUUCUGGUUUAUUCUCCAUAAAACACAGACUUGGGCUGGGAGGGGGAGGCAGUGGAGAUAGUAGUUGUGUGUUUACUAUAAGGUCUGUGAAGUCUAACUUUAAGGCUAAGAAGAUGCCAGGUUUUCAGAUAAUUUAGUUUUGAAGAAGCAAAAUUUGCUAUCUUGUAUCAGUGGUAUAUUAGUACUUCUAAUUAACAUGUUUAGAAAUGUGUUUUUGGAAGAAAAAUCCAGAUGUAGAAAGUAUGAGCCUUAGAAAUUAAUGUAAUAAAUGUUGAGAAUAUAAUUGAAA